AUGGAGGCCACCACUGGGGAAUACAUGGACAAUUAUGAGUACUACGACGACAACGAGACGGUGUGCGACUUCUCCGAAUGGGAGCCUUCUUACUCUCUCAUCCCGGUCCUCUACAUGCUCAUCUUUAUCCUGGGCCUGUCUGGGAACGGCGUUGUCAUCUUCACCGUCUGGAGGUCCAAAUCAAAGCGUCGAGCGGCGGACGUCUACAUCGGCAACUUGGCGCUGGCUGACCUGACCUUUGUGGUGACCCUUCCUCUGUGGGCCGUGUAUACAGCUCUGGGCUACCACUGGCCCUUCGGCGUGGCUCUGUGCAAGAUCAGCAGUUAUGUGGUUCUGGUCAACAUGUACGCCAGUGUCUUCUGCCUGACCUGCCUCAGCUUUGACCGCUACCUGGCCAUCGUGCACUCACUGUCCAGCAGCAGGUUAAGGUCGAGAGGCACCAUGCUAGCGUCACUCGGUGCCAUAUGGUUGCUGUCCGGCUUGCUCGCUCUUCCCACUCUGCUCUUCCGCACCACGGUCAGCGACCAGAACAGCAACCGCACCACUUGCGCCAUGGACUUCAGCCUGGUGACCCUCAACCAGAGGCACGAGUUCCUCUGGAUCGCCGGGCUCAGCUUGUCAUCCUCCGCCCUGGGCUUCCUCCUUCCCUUCCUGGCCAUGACCAUCUUCUACUGCUUCAUCGGCUGCACCGUCACGCGCCACUUCAACAACCUACGCAAGGAGGACCAGAAGAAGAAAAGGCUGCUAAAGAUCAUCACCACACUGGUGGUGGUGUUUGCUAUCUGCUGGACACCCUUCCAUGUCUUGAAGAGCAUGGACGCCCUGUCCUACCUGAACCUGGCCCCCAGCACAUGUGGCUUUCUGCGUUUCCUGCUGCUAGCGCACCCGUACGCCACAUGUUUAGCCUACGUCAACAGCUGCCUCAACCCAUUCCUUUACGCGUUCUUCGACCUGCGCUUUCGCUCGCAAUGCCUGUGUCUGCUCAACCUGAAGAAGGCCAUGCAUGGCCAUAUGAGCUCUAUGUCGUCUACGCUGAGUGCACAGACUCAGAAGUCAGAGAUUCAGUCUCUCGCCACCAAGGUUUAG